AUGCGCAGAGCAAGACUGUGGUACGCGUGGCGAGGACGCCAUGGUGUUCGGAUGAUGCACUCCACACCGUUGGCAAAGAUGCCCUACUCGCUCGACAAGGAACCCAUCACGAUCUCGGCAACGCCAGCGGAAGAUGUCACGAUUUGGAACUGUGCCGAUUUCUUCGCCACGAGCAGCACACAAGCGAUGGAAGAGGUGGCUGGUAGAAAGAUGGAGGACGUGCCUUUGGCUCUCAUCAUUGCCAACUCUGCCAUCCCCAAAACACAACCGCUUCUUCCCCAUUCCUCUGGUCCAAAAGCUGGCGUCAAGGUCUGCGCUGACGGAGGCGGCAAUCGCGUCUUUGCCUUCGACAAGCGGAGAUUCGUGCCUGACGUGAUCACUGGUGAUAUGGACUCGCUGCGACCAUCUGUCAUGGAGUACUACCGCAGCAAGGGUACGGCUAUAGUGCAGAGCCGUGACCAAGACACUACAGACCUGGAGAAGUGUGUGCUGCAGAUUAAGGACAUCGAGCACAAGAAGGGACAAACGUUCACGAACCUGUGCGUGGUGGGCGGCCUGGGCGGCAACUUCUCGCAUGAGCUCGCCAACGUGAAUAUCCUCUUCAAGUAUCGCCAGCGUCGCAUCUUCCUUCUCUCCGAUCUCAACCUCACUUUCCUGCUAGUGCCAGGGAGGCACAUAAUCCACACGAACAUAGCGCUGCGACCACAGGACAAGCGACGUAUCUUCUGCAGUCUGGUGCCCCUUGGCACCCAAUGCCGGUCCAUUACCACCAAGGGCCUGCGAUGGGACCUGGCGCUGGCGUCGAUGGAGUUUGGAGGGUUGGUGAGCACAUCGAACGAAAUGGCGGCAGAGACAGCGGAGGUGGAGGUGUCGGACCCGGUGUUGUGGACGUUCGACAUCCGGCCCGAGGAGGAGGAACGGCGCACACAGCGACUGCUCACUCUCGACGACCACAUCGACGACAUCCGUGCGCACGCCGUAGACCACAAGGACGAGGUCAUGAGGAGCGACGUCUGUGGCUGCUACAACUGCCUCGCCACCUUCCGCCCGAGCGAGAUUAAGACAUGGACCAGGCUGCCACCGGUCGGCGUAGAGGCUGCGGUCGCGGCCGAGACGGCCGUGUGUCCUGCCUGCCAGCGUGACUCAGUGGUGCUCGGUUCGGCGUCGGGCUUCGCCGUCACCCGAGAUCUGCUCCAUCGAGUAAAGGCCAAUACCUCGUGA